GGUAGUCGAACAAUUACAAUAUCCGAAAAAUCUCUUAGAAAUAGAAAGUAAAAACUGUGCAGUGAGUGUGGUUCUUGUUUCAACUUUCAUUCAUCUACGUCAACAAGCAAAAUGUCACACCAUCGUGAGCCAACUGUUGUGGGAAUGGUGAACUUCAAUGCUGCAGAAGAUGCAGCCGCCCUGCGAGCGGCCAUGAAAGGCUUCGGCACGGACGAGCAGGCCAUCAUUGACAUCCUUACCACUCGCUCCAAUGCUCAGAGACAGGCCAUUUCUCAGGCUUUCACACAUGAGUAUGGCAGAGAUCUGAUUGACGACCUCAAGUCGGAGCUGGGCGGCCAUUUUGAGGAUGUGAUAGUCGCGCUCAUGAUGCCUCCUGAGGAGUAUCUCUGCAAGGAAUUGCACCACUGCAUGUCGGGGAUGGGCACCGACGAGGAAACCUUGGUGGAGAUCCUGUGCACGCGCACUAAGAGGGAGAUCGCUGACAUCGUUGAGGCGUACGAGCGCCUGUACGACCGGCCGCUAGCGGAGCACAUGUGCUCGGAGACCUCCGGUGAUUUCCGUCGCCUGCUCACGCUCAUCGUCACUGGGGCUCGACAGGGGGCGCGCGACGAGGAGGGCGCUCCGGACCACGCGCGCGCCGAGGAGGCCGCGCAGGCGCUCUACGACGCGGGGGAGGCCAAGUGGGGCACUGACGAGGAGAUCUUCAACAAGAUUCUGGCUCACGAGAGCUUCGCGCAGCUGCAGCUGAUCUUCGAGGCGUACAAGGGUAUCUCGGGCCGCACCAUCGAGCAAGCCAUCAAGGCUGAGAUCGGCGGCGAGCUCAAGGAUGCGUUGUCGGCCAUAGUGGAAUGCGUCGAGAACGCGCCCGCCUGGUUCGCGCAACGAUUGAGGAAGGCGAUGGAGGGAGCGGGCACUGAAGACCGCACUCUCGUCCGCAUCAUCGCCAGCCGCGCUGAAAUCGACCUCGGCAACAUCAAGGCGGAGUACGAACGCAUCUACGAUAAGACGCUCGAGAGCGAUAUUAAGGGCGAGACUUCCGGCGACUACAAGCGCGCGCUCGUGGCGCUGAUCGGGCCAGCGUAAGGAACAUCAAGGGUUGAAAACAACCAUAUCCCAAGAAUUAGAAGAUUUGCGUGCUGUUGUGUGUUUUGUAUUACGUUCAAGUUUCAUAUUGAAUCUGAAGUUAGUUAUCUAAGUUUCGUAUUCACAUUUUUAUGAGUAAUGUUUAUCUUCAAACCAAUCAAUUAAAAUAAUAUUUUACAAUGCCAGAAGUACAGUCGGAAAAUCUACUUUGAUCUAUACUCACAACUGUC